AUAUGCACACUCUGCCCUUAUCUAUUACAAACAAAAAAUUAAUUACAUACCCAUCUCUCAUCAUCUAUAAAGAAAUAACCCCCUCAUUCAUAAGCAGUACGUUGCAAGAUUCUUACUAUUUACUGUCAAAUCGAGGCUGGCAGAUAUCGUCUGCUAACUGGUCUCCAUUAACUUCAGAAAAAAAACAAAAAAUGUUUGUUUAAGGUUAACUCUCCCGCUGCAUUGUUUUUUCUAAACCCUUAUAAAAAGAAGCGGAUUGAAUGCAACGAAAGAAUUAAGGAACAUAUGUUUAUUCUCUUCUGUUCAAGUUCAGCAAAAAUAAAAUCUGUUUAGCCUAUUAUUCGUUAGCAGUUCGAAUCCCUUCGGCUCUGUUUCUGUUACGAAAUCAAAAUGCAGAGACUCUUUGUCAGCCGAGCAUGGAGAGGGUGUGCCGAGCGAUUAUUGAACAGAGACCACGGAGGAAAUGUAUUUAAUAAGAGGGCUGCUCACUCACUUGCUUUUUGCACUUUGGAUGUGGAAGAGAUAUCAGAUUCUCAACGUACAGAAGUUCUGAAUUUAGUGCAGGGAGAGUGGAAAGGCACCUCAAAUUGGAGUGAGAUAGUGGACCCUUUGAAUGGAGAAAAAUUCAUUGCUGUACCAGAUUCUUCUGCAGCUGAGAUUCAACCAUUUAUUGAGAGCUUGCGUUCAUGCCCUAAAUACGGAUUACACAAUCCAUUAAAAAAUCCUGAAAGGUAUCUUUUGUAUGGAGAUAUUUCUGCAAAGGCUGCUGCUGCCUUGAAACAACCUGAGGUUUCACAUUUCUUUGCAAGAUUGAUACAACGGGUAUCUCCUAAGAGUUUUGCUCAAGCACUAGCUGAGGUCACUGUUACACAAACAUUCUUUGAGAACUUUUCUGGGGACCAGGUCCGCUUUUUGGCUCGAUCAUUUGCAGUGCCAGGAAAUCAUCUUGGACAACAAAGUACUGGGUUACGAUGGCCAUAUGGUCCUGUCACAAUCAUCACACCAUUCAAUUUUCCAUUGGAGAUACCUGUCCUCCAGCUUAUGGGUGCUCUCUACAUGGGCAACAAGCCACUUUUAAAAGUUGAUAGCAAGGUUUGCAUUGUAAUGGAUCAAAUGCUAAGGCUUCUUCAUCAAUGUGGAUUGCCUCUUGAAGAUGUGGAUUUUGUCAAUUGUGAUGGUAGAAUCAUGAAUAAAAUUUUGUUGGAGGCAGAACCACGCAUGACCCUUUUUACUGGAAGUUCUAGGGUGGCAGAGAAACUUGCAGUUGAUCUUAAAGGGAGAGUCAAAUUAGAAGAUGCAGGAUUUGAUUGGAAAAUUCUUGGCCCUGAUGUUAAGGAGGUUGAUUAUGUUGCAUGGGUUUGUGAUCAGGAUGCUUAUGCAUGCAGUGGACAAAAAUGUUCUGCGCAAUCAAUUUUAUUUAUGCAUGAGAAUUGGGACUCUGCUGGCCUUGUACCGAAGUUGCAAACUCUUGCUGAGAGAAGGAAACUAGAAGAUUUAACAGUUGGUCCUGUCCUCACUGUGACAACCGAGCGGAUGCUAGCACAUGUAGAAAGGUUACUAGAAAUUCCAGGUGCAAAAUUGUUAUUUGGCGGAGAACCCCUAAAAAACCAUAGUAUUCCUGAAAUUUAUGGUGCUCUGAAACCAACAGCCAUAUUUGUACCUCUUAAUGAAAUAUUGAAAGGCGCAAAUUUUGAUUUGGUGACAACUGAAAUUUUUGGUCCAUUCCAGAUUAUAACUAAUUACAGACAAAAUGAGCUUUCUAAGGUGCUCGAUGCAUGUGAAAGGAUGCAUGCCCAUUUAACAGCAGCAGUUGUUUCAAAUGAUAUUAAUUUCUUGCAGGAUGUCCUAGGAAGAUCAGUAAAUGGUACGACAUAUGCUGGUAUCCGGGCCCGAACAACAGGAGCUCCGCAGAACCACUGGUUUGGUCCGGCUGGAGAUCCAAGAGGAGCAGGCAUCGGUACUCCAGAAGCAAUCAAAUUAGUUUGGUCCUGCCAUCGAGAGAUUAUAUAUGAUAUCGGUCCCGUGCCAAAUAGUUGGACUCUUCCAGCUUGCACGUGAUUAACUUUUUUCCGAGGGCAGAUAAAUCUGUAGGUCGCAAUUUUAUUUUGCGUCUGAGAUGAGAUAAAAAAUGAUGUGCUUACCAGUUACUCAUGCAACUGCCAUAUCAUUUUUCAGAUAUGUCUUCAUAUGCAUGGCAAAAUUCAAAGCUGAUUUGGGGUUCUGUGAACACCCAAAGAAUAAGAUGUAAUCUCUAAGGCCAAUAUUAUCUAAUAAAUAUAUUGAGUAAUAAUUUAUAAAUUCUAAAUAGCUCUUUACCUA